AUGGCUCAUGGAACUAGAACGCCUUUUAGGCAUAAGACAAUAAACCCACCACUAUCCCCAUACCCUCAACAUCCCUCAGCUCCACCCCCUAUAUCUCCCCAACCCAUGCAAAUAUAUUACCAAAACGCUCCUCCUCAAUAUUUGCAUACCUCAUAUCCUGUCUAUAAUGUUCAACCAACACACUUCCAAACUCCACCACCCACUCAAACACCAAAUUACCGAAACAAACCUUCCUAUGAAAGAAGACCUACAAAAACCUAUACCCCUUUGGCUGAACCCAUAGCACAACUUUAUGAGAGAUUGAAACAGGCUGGGUACGUCUCUCCAAUUCCUGCAUUACGUGUGGAUGUUUGCGCGAAAUGGUACGACCCUAACAAGGUCUGCGCCUACCAUUCUGGGAUGAAGGGCCACACCACUGAAGUUUGCAGAGCCCUUAAGGAUAAAGUUCAAAUGUUGAUUGAUACAAAAACCAUCCAACUGAAGGAUCCUACACCGAAUGUUGCGAAUAAUCCUCUCCCUAACCAUCAAGUCAACAUGGUGGAAGCUGAAGAAGCCAUGUCUACCACUGCCCAAGCACCACUAAUAGUGCAAGGACUCGCCCCAUUUGAAGUAGAAGUUGCUGCACCCAGAUCACCGUUUGCUGUCUAUAAGGCAUCCUCCCCAAUACAAUGUGACACACAUGCUGUACCUUGGGAUUACAACAAAAAAGAAACAAAUGUGGAAGAGACAGAUGUUGCAACAGGGGUCACCAGAUCUGGAAGAAUUUACACUUCUAAAAAUUUGGUUCAGGGAAGCUCUAGCAAAUCCAAAGCACCAGUCGUAGAGCUUGAGGAUCAAAGUAUUUGGAAAAAGGUUAAAGCUAAAGAAUACUCUGUCAUUGAGCAGCUGAGUAAAACCCCUUCCCAAAUAUCAAUUCUGGAGUUACUGCAAUCUUCCGAAACUCAUCGAGAUGCCCUUCUGAAGAUCCUUGGUGAAGCUUAUGUCCCAUCUAACAUCACUCAUGGAGAGGUAUCCCAAAUGGUGGGGCAGGUCUUUGAGGCUUACAAAAUAUCUUUUCACAAAGAUGAGCUGCCAAUCGAAGGAAACACUCACAAUAAAGCUUUGUACAUUUCGGUUCAGUAUCAGGAUAAGGUGAUAAACAAAGCAUUAGUUGAUGCAGGUUCAGGUUUAAACAUUUGCCCUCUGAGCACACUGACAAGGCCGGGUGUGGAUAGUGCAAAAAUUCAGACAUGGAAGAUGAAUGUGAGGGCAUUUGACGGCUCUCAGAGAGGCACUAUUGGGGAGAUAACCUUGGACAUGCUCAUUGGUCCCGUAACUUUCCCCAUAGCUUUCCAAAUUUUGGACAUCCCUUCAUCGUACAACUUAUUGUUGGGUCGUCCAUGGAUUCAUAUGGCUGGAGCGGUUCCAUCUACUCAUCACCAAUGCCUGAAGUUCGAAUGGGAUUACGAAGAGGCUGUAGUCCAUGGGGAAAAGGGGCAUCCUGUAUACACGAUUGAAGGAAGAGAGAACAUGGAUGGCGAAAUGUACCAUACAGUGGAGCUUGUUGGUAAUAUUGAGUUGCAACCUUGGUUCAGUCAAAAAAUCAUAGAUAUGAUGGCCUGGUUCGGUUUCAAGCUUGGGAAAGGUUUGGGGGCUGAAUUACAAGGGAUAGUCGAACCUAUACAGCCUGUUCGACAUUCCACCACUUUUGGUUUGGGGUAUAAGUACACCACCGAAGAAUGGCUCGAUUGGCGACCACCUAGAGAUGGGUACUACUAUCCAUUGAAGAAACCCAUACCGCCAUUGUAUCAAUCAUUUCGAUCAGCAGAUUUCAUGGGAGGAAGUAUUGAUGAGAUCUCAGACGACUUGAAGGGGUUAUCACUAACCAAAGAAGAGGGGAAAGUUUGCAACGUCGUGAUCAACGAGGAGGAGAAAGGGGGCCCUAGUGGAAGCAAGGAAGCAAAGAUCAGCGUCAGCAACUGGACCUUGACUCCAUCCAGACCUCGUCGAGCAUCUGGCAAAAUUCAUUAUAAAAAUGUCGAAUCUGAGACUAUAGCAUACAAUGAGACUGCUCAACUUAACAUUAAUGACUUAGAAGAAGUCGAAGACAAUGAGGUUCCCGAGGAGUUAAUCAAAAGGUUUGAGGAGUUCGAGGAAAAACCCAAUCCAAAUUUGGUAGAGACAGAAGUGGUGAAUUUGGGAAAUGCAGAGGUGAUACAAGAAACCUGGGUAAGCAUCCACAUGACAAAAGAAGACAAGAAAGAACAUGACAGGGCUAAGUACUUCAAUCGUAGCCCAUCGACUGCCACUGAUCCAGCAUGUCCUCCGAUAAAACAGAAGUUGAGAAAAUACAAGCCCGAGAUGAGUCUGAAAAUCAAAGAAGAAGUAUCAACACAAUUAGAUGCUGGGAUACUCCAAGUGACAGAAUACCCAACUUGGCUUGCAAAUGUCGUUCCAAUGCCCAAGAAAGACGGCAAGGUCAGAGUUUGCGUGGAUUACCGAGAUCUUAAUAAAGCUAGCCCUAAAGAUAACUUUCCAUUACCAAACAUACACAUACUGAUUGACAAUUGUGCUAAGCACGAAACUCAGUCAUUUGUGGACUGCUUUGCCGGCUACCAUCAAAUUGAGAUGCACAAAGACGACUCUGAGAAAACUGCCUUCAUCACGCCGUGGGGCAUCUAUAACUACAAGGUGAUGCCUUUUGGACUAAAGAAUGCUGGGGCUAUGUACAUGAGGGCGAUGACUACUUUGUUUCAUGACAUGAUCCAUAAGGAAAUUGAUGUUUAUGUGGAUGAUGUCAUUAUCAAAUCAAAGGAAAGUUCAAAUCAUUUGGAGGAUUUACGGAAAUUCUUUGCCAGGCUACAUAAGUACAAUCUGAAACUGAAUCCGGCAAAAUGUGUCUUUGGUGUGCCUGCUGGAAGGCUUUUAGUUUUCAUUGUCAGUCGUCGAGGUAUAGAAUUGGAACCGUCGAAGAUCAAAGCCAUUCGUGAUCUUCCCCCACCAAAGAGCAAGAAGGAGGAUGCUGCAGUGAAAUGGACAAGUGAAUGUCAACAGGCAUUUGACAAGAUCAAAGACUAUCUAUCCAAUCCUCCUGUAUAUUUCAGUAUUGGAUAA